CAGUUUAUGUCUUUCUCUGUUCGAUUCACAAUUGACUGCUUGGUCCAUAACUUGUCGCAAAGUGCCAAGCUCGGCUCGCUACACGGAUGAUUGAUGACUAACAGGCACAAGGCUGCACCGGUGACACAACAAGCAAAGUCUGCUCUCUUUCUCGUUACCUUUUACUUAACCGAAAAACUCAGUCAACAACUCGACUAUUGUGCCAAUGUCCACUUGUGCCCCUCCAAUAACCUCAGGCCGACCUUUUCUCAGACCAAGACGAUGACUUCUUACGUGAUACGAGUGAAUGGCGGGAACGGUUGUUUCGCAACACAACAAAACCGGCCCAAAGCAACGAUUUAAUUUUUCCUUUCCGCACCUUCGGGCGGGCCAUCUUCCUGAAGCGUCAAGGUUUCCGUCGAACUUCCCGACUUGCGUUGAGAACUUGAGAGAGCCAAGGCCGACCAUCAACCCAUCCGGUC